GGAUUUGCUUGCUUUUGCUAGUCGCGCUCAGAAUAUGUAGCUGAACCAGAAGAGCGUUUUUUUUUUUGUUGGUCUCGUUUAGCUUCCGUGCCAGCACGAGUAUAGCACUUUGGGUGGAAGGAAAAGUGAAUUAGGCUCAGUCGAGUUUGGGAGAUCCUAGCAGCAAGGACGUCGUGCUGGGGUGCGCCUCGCGUGUUCGCCCAAUCGAAAUCAGUUUAGCUUGGUUUAAUUUGAGAGGGGGUUGGCUGGUUUGAAAACCCGAGGCGUCUCAUCAUCAUCAACGCGACAUCGUAGCAGGCGGUGACCGUCGGAGUUAUCGAUUUUUUCCAACUCGGCUUGUGCGCUUUUCCUGGCUCAGCGCUUACUUUGUACACGUUGUGGUUGAAGUGUGUUUGUUGAUUAGUUGUUGCAGGAGAUUUAUUCAAAAUUUCAACAGUGAUUUAGUAAAAUCUAUGAUCAUGAGGAGACGCACAAUCGAUCAGCCUGACACGGCUCACCGGGAAACCUGGGUUUCCACGAAUAAAAUACUUAAUAGCAGCUUGAGUGCCAAGCGCAUCAACAGCCGAAACCCCAAUUUCGACUAUGAAGAAACAAAAUUGCUCAUCUCCCUUUGGGGCGACCCAAAUGUGCAGAAAACGCUGAUAACCACCCACAAAAAGCAUCCAGUAAUUGCGGAACUGGCCCGGAAAAUGCGGGAAUUCGGAUAUACACGUUCUACAGAGGAAAUCAACACGCGCAUUAAAAAUCUCAAAUGUUUCUAUAAUCGCAUCAAAAAGGACAUGGCGGCUGGUGUCAUUAAUCAAACCACCUGGAAACAUUACGCAGAGAUGGAUGAAAUCAUAAGCCGGCCAGUUUUCGGGAAUGCCCAUCGGUUGCACCUGAUGCAACAGCAAAAGGAACAAGAUGAACUAAAGCAACAAAUCCUAGAACAACAGGAACAAAUGCAGCGCUUUCCGGUUAAACUGGAAGUGAUGAGUGACGACGAUUCCACCGAAAUUCGGGCGGAAGAUCUGCUUACGAUUGACACCGACCCACCACCGUCAGAAGACACGGCAACGGGUGCUGAAAAGGGUGGCAUUCGAGUCAAUGAUAAGACCGGCAAAACGCGAGCCUCUAAUAACGCAUUGGAAAAGGAAGCUCUCGACAUCAAGGAUAACAUCAGACAACAGUCCGAGCUAGAAGAGGACGAUGACGACGAUGAUGAUUAUGAUGGCAGCGAUUUUGAUGUUGAAAAUGAAUUCAACGACGGUUUGGACGAAAUCCUUUCGAAGGUUAAACCUUCCCUGGAAGCUACGGCAGCAAAACGUGCAUCACCAAAACCUAGCGUACAGGACGUGCCCACAAGCACGACAUCGGCAGCAGGUAAAAUUUCGGUGGUCCCUACAAACCUCCUGCUCAAGCCUCCAUCGGCAAAUGUCAGCAUGAAUUCACCGAUCCAGAUUUACACCCAACCUACCGUCAGCUUAGCGCCAUCCUCUGCUGGUACCCACACCAUUCCUGCAAGCAUUACGACGGUUGCAUCUGGUGCUGGAAUGACUCCCAUGAAGUUACUUCUUGUUAAUACGGUUUCCAAGGAUGGAACAACCAAGCAGAUCCUGACACCAGCAUCGGAACUCCCAUCCAUGUCUCAGUUACGACCGCCACCCGCACUUGCUCCCAAGCCCUCAAUUAUUCCGAUUGCACCUAAACCACCAACCGUGAGCAUUCCUACUUUAAACAUGAUCCACAAACCACCUACCAUGUCACCGAUGAUAACCGCUUCCAGUGUCCCGAAGCUCACCGAGAAACCUGUAUUCCUGGACAAAGAAGACAACACGCCAGGAAUCAAAGCGCUCAUGAAGCAGCUUGUGGCAGUCCAACGCGAAAAUUUAGCCGUUUCACGAAAUCGGUUAGCUCUCGAGAGAGAAAGACUCGAGUUCGAAAAACAAAUCGGUGGUCCACUGGUCGAUGUUAUCAAAGGUUUGAGUGGAUUCUUCAAUGGAUUUAUACAAUCACAGCAGCAACAACUUAAACAGCAGCAACAGCAACAACUGACACGAAACCCAACAGUAAACGAAUCUUCAGGUAAUGAAGCGGAUGCCCCAGUGGCCAAAAAGAGACGAACGCAGUCGAAUUCAGAUAAAUCACCUCCCCCUACGGUAACAACGACAGAAACCAUCAAAGCCGAAAUUAUCAGUGAUAGUGAAGAUAAGUGAAUUCUACGAACAGCACUUUUUUGUUUAAUUUUUAUGAGAUUUUAAUUUAUUUAACUUAUUCUAUCAUGUAAAGAACUAUUUACCAAAAAACCUUAACUUAUUGAGCCUACUAAAACGAGAAAAUUGUAACAUUAAGCACCUUCUGUAGAGAAAAUCUGUUAAAAUACAUUCCGAUCCUAUAUUUUAAUAACAA